CUUUUACCGUCCCUUUUCUUCCUUCUCUUCUUUACCCCAGCCGCACGCCCCAUCGGCACCUUCCUUCUCUCCUACCGGUAUCUCCAUUGCUUCCCAACGCCACCACACUCAUCAACCUUCCAUCCCCCCGCUUCCCAUCUCUCUCUCUCUCUCUCAACUACUUCCGUCGCCGGCCGCCGGCACCCACCACACCCAUAACUUAAUGUCGUUUUCUAGGAAAAGAAUUUGAUUGAAUUGAAUGGUUUGAACAUUUUACGCAUGUGAGACGGUUUAGUUGUGUGAUUGAAGUUUAGGCUCAAAGAAAUGGUGAACAAGUCGCAAGCAUUUUCUUGGUCGCGUCUCCUUCUCAACCAGGUCGUUCACCAAAACCUCAUCAAAACCCCACUUCAUAUUUCCCGUAAAAUCUCCGGUCUCCAACGCUUCCCUAUCGAGAAAAUUUCGAAGAUUUCGUUGACGCGGUGUUACUCCACUGCUCAUUCUAGAGUUGUGCAUGAUCUUCUCGCUGAGGUGGAGAAGGAGAAGAAGAGAGAAAGGGAGCAGAGGAUAAGGGCUGGCCUUGAUACCAAGGAUAUUGACAAUGAAGAUGAAGAGGAUUAUAUGGGUGUUGGGCCAUUGAUAGAGAAGCUCGACAAGAAAAAUUCAAGGGUCACUGGGGACUUGAACGCCUAUGAAGAACCCUCUGAUUCUGAUAGUGAUGCAGACGAUGAAAGGUUUAGUAGAGAAUCUGUCAGAAAGAGGUUUGAAAACUUUCAGAAGAAAUUCGAGAGGCACAAGGAAUUGCUGAAGAACUUCACUGAUGCUGAUAACAUUGAUGAUGCUUUCAAAUGGAUGAGUAAAAUCGACAGGUUUGAGCAAAAACACUUCCAGCUUCGUCCUGAAUAUCGGGUAAUUGGUGAAUUAAUGAACCGCUUGAAAGUAGCGGAGGGAAAGGAAAAGUUCAUGCUUCAGCAGAAAUUAAAUAGGGCUAUGCGAAUAGUGGAGUGGAAGGAAGCUUAUGACCCAAAUAAUCCUGCCAACUAUGGUGCCAUUCAACGUAGACAAGGAGGUCCAUCAGUUAAUCUCGAGGAACGAUCAGAAUUUGCAAAACAGAAGCAAACCAUACAGGGGAUUGAUGAUGAUGAUGAGGAAGAGUUUGAUGACAUGAAAGAAAGGGAUGAUAUACUACUGGAGAAGCUCAAUGCUAUAGAUAAGAAACUCGAAGAGAAGCUAGCAGAGCUGGACCAUACCUUUGGAAAGAAAGGGAAGGUUCUAGAAGAGGAAAUCCGAGAUCUUGCAGAGGAGAGAAACUCGUUAACUGAGAAGAAGAGAAGGCCACUUUAUCGAAAAGGCUUUGAUGUGAAAUUAAUUGAUGUGAACAGAACAUGUAAAGUUACAAAGGGUGGAAAAGUUGUCAAAUACACUGCUAUCUUGGCUUGUGGGAACUACCAUGGCAUUGUUGGUUAUGCAACAGCCAAAGGACCGGCAGUCCCGAUUGCUUUACAAAAGGCAUAUGAGAAAUGUUUCCAAAAUCUUCAUUAUGUGGAACGACAUGAGGAGCACACAAUUGCACAUGCAGUUCAGACGGCAUACAAGAAAACAAAGAUAUAUCUUUGGCCAGCAUCAACUACCACAGGCAUGAAAGCAGGGAAAACUGUUCAAACUGUUCUGAAUCUGGCUGGUUUUAAAAACGUCAAAUCUAAGGUUAUUGGCUCAAGAAACCCCCUGAACACUAUGAGGGCCCUCUUCAAAGCUCUAAAUGCAAUUGAGACUCCGAAGGAUAUUCAAGAAAAGUUCGGACGGACUGUUGUUGAGAAGUACUUGCUAUGAUAGGAGGUUUUCUUUUUCCUCUUUCCUUUUUGUUUCUAAUUCAAAAGUUGCCGAUUCUCAAGUAGAUGUACAAAAAGGAAUUUUGGUAUUUAAGUUAAGACAUCGAGGCUGUAACUUCUGUUAAAGGUUUGAUUAUCUCCCUUCUAAAACCCAAGGGCAUCAUUUUUUAACCUGUAGGACAGAUUAUGUUCAAGGUGGUCAAUCUCUUACAUCAAUAAUCAAGAGAACAUCAUUUUCAGCA